AUUUUUUUUUUAAAACAGUGAUUUUGAAGUUUCACGAGGAAUUAGAGAGGCUGUUUUUGUACACAGCUACCUACUGCCUCACUAAAUCAUUGUUGUCGUCAACGCUAUCCGGUUUUGCAUGGACUAAAAACAAAUACAAAGCCGCCAUGUUUCACAACAGUUCACAGGGGAAAUUCUGGAUUUUUAAAAGUGAAGACGAAGUCGAGCAGAAGAGAUACAAGGCCAACCAGAAAGUCCGUAACAAGAUAAUAGAAAGUGGAAAGCCUGGAGUGAGCGAGUCCAAGUUGUUGGAGCAUCACGAGGAAGACGUUUUAUUCCGCCACUAUGAGAAGAGGAUGCUGGACUUCUGCAAUGCUUUCAAGCCUGUAAUGCCCAAGUCUGUUGUGGGUACAGCCAUCAUGUACUUCAGAAGAUUCUACCUGAACAACUCAAUUAUGGAGCAUCACCCUAGGAUUAUCAUGCUGACGUGUGCAUACCUGUCCUGUAAAGUGGAUGAGUUCAACGUGUCCAGCACCCAGUUCGUGGGAAACCUUCUGCAGGAGACGCCCGCAGGGCAGGAAAGGGUUCUGGAGCAGAUCCUGGAGUAUGAGCUGCUGCUGAUCCAACAACUCAAGUUUCACCUGGUGGUCCACAACCCCUACAGACCAAUGGAGGGUCUGCUCAUCGACCUCAAGACAAGAUUCCCCACGCUGGAGAACCCAGAAUCGCUGAGGAAGAAUGCUGAUGACUUUCUGACACAGGCAGCCAUGACCGACGCAGGACUGCUGUUUCCCCCCUCACAGAUCGCUCUAACAGCUAUUCUGAACAGCGCAUCGAGAGCCGGUCUCAGCAUGGAGAGCUACCUGAACGAAUGUUUGGGACUGAAAGAGGACAAAGAGACUCUCUCAAAGAUGUAUGAAUCAAUGAGCCGGAUGAAAACCCUAAAGAAGUAUGAACUUCCCAAAGCGGAGGAAGUGAACGCUUACAAAAAGAAGCUGGACAGGAUACAUGCCGAAUUUUCCAGUUCAAGCAACAAACGAAAGAGAGGAUAUGAAGAAGAUGGUCACGUAGCAAAAGAAGCACGUUUAACAGAAGAGCAGGAAUGGACUGAUGAAGACUUGGUAUGAGCAUUUACCCCAAAAUGCUACUAGUUCUCAUUUAAAACUGUCAAGAUUGGAUGACCAAGCCUUUAUAGAAAAGCACAAUGCAGUGUCAGACACUUUGCAUGUUAUAUUUACUUUGCCUUUUUGUUCCGCAGUAAGAAUAAAGAUAUUUUUCUACA